AUGUCCGCCAAUCCUCUGGGAGACUCUGUGACCACCGUCCUCGUCUCCAAUCUCCACUGCAGCAGCUGUGUGCACACCAUUGAGUCGGCCCUGCAUGCCUUGACGCCGCGCCCCCGUCAGGUGGAGGUCUCCAUCGUCUCGCAGGCUGUCACCGUCCACCACGAUAAGGACCUCUCCAGCGCACAAAUCGAGUGCGCCAUCGCCAAUGCUGGUUUCGACGUCGUUUCGGGCCCCUCCAAGCCCUCCGGACUAUUCUCGCGCGAGAAGCACCUCCACCAAUGUACCAUGUGUCGCGAAGAUGUCUCUUCGGCUCAGAGGAUGACCCCCGCGUCCGAUGAUACUCCAAAUGGGCCAUUCAACGUCGUUCUCUCCGUAGGCGGCAUGACGUGCUCGUCAUGCACCAACAGCAUCACGCAGAUGAUGUCGCAGAUGCCCGGUGUGACCGACAUCUCAGUCAGCUUAAUCGAAAAGUCGGCCAAGGCUGUCGUCGACCGCCGAGAGCUAGCGCAGGAGAUUGCAGACACCAUAGAUGACUGUGGUUUCGAAGCCCAAGUGGUCUCAGUGCACCCUGUUCGCCUCCAAGAAGAAGACGAGAAGGGUACUCGGACGGUCACCCUCAAGGUCGACGGAAUGUUCUGCAAAAAUUGCCCACCUAAAGUCUCUGCGGCCCUCGAGCGUUUCGGGUCGCGAGUCGAGAUUUUGAAGCCGCUUAAUGACCAUACGGACCCCAUCAUCACCAUAAGAUACACGCCCGACGUGCCAGACUUUACCAUCCGGCACAUCAUUGCUGCUCUAGCGUCCGCCAAGUCACCUCCCUUCAAUGUAUACAUCCACCAUCCCCCUUCCCUCGAACAGCUCUCCCGAGCCUUACAACGGCAGGAACAGCGUCGUCUCCUUUUCCGUCUCGUCCUUUCCAUCGUCAUUGCCAUCCCUACAUUCAUCAUCGGAAUCGUGUAUAUGACGCUCGUGAAGGAUGGAGACGCCACGAAGGAAUAUCUCAUGCAACCAAUAUGGUCUGGGAAUGCCUCUCGAAUCGAAUGGUCGUUAUUCUUCCUCGCGACACCUGUAAUGUUCUAUUGCGCAAACCUCUUUCACACGCGAAGCAUCAAGGAAAUACGCGCGCUCUGGAGAAGGGGAAGUAAAGUGCCCAUCUGGAAGCGCUUCGUUCGUUUCGGAAGCAUGAACUUGCUCGUAUCGGCGGCUGUGACUGUCGCGUACUUCUCUUCUGUCGGUCUGCUCGCUACAGCAGCAAGACAAUCACCUACCCAUUCCAACAUGGGAGAGACAACCACCUAUUUCGAUGCCGUCGUCUUCCUUACGAUGUUCCUGCUUGCUGGCCGGAUUAUUGAAGCUUAUAGCAAGGCACGCACCGCAGAUGCAGUAUCGGCACUCGGAUCUCUCCGCCCGUCCGAAGCCUACCUCCUGAAUCGAAGAAGCGACACCAAAGAACGGUUCUCGAUCGACGACGAUGGCUUCGGCGUCGAGAAAAUCUCUGCGGAGCUGCUUGACAUCGGAGACGUUGUGAGGGUGCCGCAUGGUGCUACUCCCCCGGCGGACGGUGUUUUGGUCAUGCUACCCACAAGGAGUGAGGGAGCGUUCGACGAGAGCUCGUUGACAGGCGAGGCGAAGUUGAUCAAGAAACAGGCGGGGGACCGUGUCUUCCUUGGAACGAUCAACAAGGGGAACAUGGUGCAUGUGCGCAUCGAUUCUAUCGGUGGAGAGACGAUGUUGGACCGCAUCGUGAACGUCGUUCGCGAAGGCCAGACGAAACGUGCGCCCAUCGAGCGCAUCGCGGACAUGGUCACAGGAUACUUCGUCCCCGUCAUCACAUUGAUAGCCAUCCUCACCUGGAUUAUAUGGCUAUCCUUGGGAUUAACGGGAUCACUGCCAGAGGACUACCUCGAUAUCCAAACCGGAGGUUGGCCUGUCUGGUCUUUGGGAUUCGCCAUCGCCGUCUUCGUUGUCGCGUGUCCGUGUGGGAUUGGGCUUGCUGCGCCGACUGCCUUGUUGGUCGGUUCCGGCCUCGCGGCAAAGUUCGGUAUCCUCGCGCGCGGUGGUGGCGAAGCAUUCCAAGAAAUGGCCCAAGUGGAUCUCGUGGUUUUCGAUAAGACGGGGACGCUCACACAGGGUGGCGAGCCCAAGGUUUCUGAUGCACAUAUCCUUCCUGCAGCUGAAACGCGGUGGAGCCGCGAGACGAUCCUGGGCUUUGCAUCAGAGCUUGAGUUCGCCAGCUCCCACCCCCUCGCCCUCGCCAUUCGCGCGUACUGCAAAGCCGCCAAAGCGCGCACCAUGACUGGAGAAGACUUCGACGAAGUCAGUGGUCGCGGGAUGAAAGCGCACUUUCCGUCGAUGAAAUGCACUGCCAUCAUAGGCAACGAAGCAUGGAUGGAGGCACAUGAGGCAGCGAUUGACGUCGGAGUUUCGCAGCAGCUUGGUGCAUGGAGGUCGGAAGCGAAAAGUGUCGUAUUGAUGGCCUUGCGAGAGGAAGGAACGUCGGAAGCCGGCUUCCAUCUUGCUGCCAUUUUCGCAGUCGCAGAUCCACUCAGAGAAGAAGCGCCGCAGGUCAUAUCAUGGCUUCGUACCCAGGGUAUACAAACAUGGAUCAUUUCGGGAGAUAACGCCACGACAGCGACGGCGGUGGCGCAUGCAGCAGGCAUCCCCACUGGCAAUGUCAUCGCUGGUGUUCUGCCCCACGAGAAAGCGGAAAAGGUUCAGUGGCUUCAAUUGCACGCCAGCAAACGACAGCCAUCAACCUUGCGAAGAUUCUACGCGAAGCCGCGUUUGAAUCAACGUUGCAUCGUGGCAAUGGUCGGUGAUGGAAUUAAUGAUGCACCGGCACUGACUGCUGCGGAUAUUGGUAUCGCCAUUGGUUCGGGAAGCGAUGUCGCCAUAUCCAGCGCGUCCUUCAUCCUGCUAUCCUCCAACCUGCGUAGCUUGAUCACGCUAUACGACCUUUCACGCAACGUCUUCAACCGCGUUCUCUUCAAUUUCUUCUGGGCCGUCAUCUACAACGUUGCAGCAAUUCCAAUUGCCGCAGGCGUUGUCUAUCCUGCAGGGCACACACGCCUCGAUCCUGUAUGGGCGUCAUUAGCCAUGGCGUUGUCUUCCGUAUCAGUCGUGUGCAGCUCACUCUUACUCAAACUAUACAAGGAACCCAAGAUUUAG